AUGUUGAAUAUGGGCGAAGCGGUGGUAAAGCAUUUAUUGACACUUACCCGUUGUAGCUGUUGUCGAUAUGCUUUCAUUUGUGUCAUGAGUCUAAAUGGCGACUUGCACUUGACUUUUACCCGAAAUUUAAUGACUUCUUUUCAAUUGAACAUUCAUAAUGUUAACAUAGAUGAGCAUGAGUUAAAGGGAAAAGUCAGAAAAGCAGAAGAGGAAAGAUAUUCCAAUUCAAAUUUCAAUUGCACACGUUUCUAUGUUGAGCUUUUUCAUCCACUUCAGCUUCAUUCCAUUCCGAAGCCGCAUUUCGCAGAAUGGUGA